CAUAGGACUUAACACAUUGGACCAAACUCGUGUAGUAUUGCACAUUGGACUUUUCAAGAUUAAAUUUAAAUCCUGAUUUAAAAUUAACAACUUUUUUCAAAUAAAUAUGAUCACCCAAUCCUCACGCAACGUGUAGGUAACAGCUGAUUGAUAACAUGAAAUGUUUCAAUGCUUCCAGUGCGAAAGAGAGAAACCGUUAGGACAGAAAAACAACCAAUCAGCGCUCUCGUCUGCAUCUGUCAGAUAGGUGCUGACAAAUCAACCUAUACGACAAUGUAAACAUUCUUUGCCUGGGUGCGGAUAGAACUUUUAAUAUUUUUCAAGCUUUUGAAUGUUUUUUUAGAUUAUUUUCCAAUGUGGGGCUAGAUUCUUGUUGCAGAGUGAUAAAUUAGAGUUCAGGUGCUGGCCGGAACGAGAAGACGAGCUGGGGACUGCAGGAGUGUAAAAAGAAAAUGAGCAAGCAACCACUUGGCUGUCGCUGGUGUCCUGAAGGCGGUUCGCUGUGGCAGUCCAGUGGGUAGAGACUUACUCGUCGUCAGUAGUGAUGGAAGUAGCAUCAGUAGUAAGAAGCACCGGUCGAAUGGCGAGUGGUACGAGAAUAAAGGCCGGAAUCGGCACUCGAUCCGCGAUCCAGGGAAAAGGACCGUCAUCGGUACAAGCACAGAUCUUCGUCGGGUAAAUCGUCGAGUUCGCUGUCCUCGAAGCACCACCGCAAGGAACGCCACCGAAAGCUGCCCACUCUUCGUCGUCCUCGGAUCGGUAUCCGCACAGUGGAGCAAUUAGCAGGCGAGAAUCGAUCGCGAGUGUUACGGAGGACUGUCUGCGGCAUCGUAAGCGUUCCAGCUCCGGUGGUUCCGCCCGAAGAAGAUAAAGUGUUAAGUUUUGACCAAAAUUUUUUUUGCCAAGUUUGGUAUUGUUAGUUUAAAAAGAUGUAAAAUUUCUAUUUCGGUAGUUACUAAAUAUGACAGAAAAAGAAACAGAUUUGGGAACAUAGAAUCAAUAAUUAUUGAGAAAGGAUUUAUUGAGGAGCGAUUUGCGAACGGGAAGGUUCCCUUGAAUGAUUCCUUGACCCUUAAUCUGGACCAAGGUCACACGCUCUCCUGCCGAUACCUGAUCAACCCGUCGACCUCCAGCGAGUUCAUGUACAAGGUCCAACGUCAGCGCAAGACUCACGCUGGAACAGCUGGAACUCUUUCCGGCGGACGCCGCCGCCCUAGAGGAAGAGCUGGGGGACUUUCGAAUCAAGGUGGGCCGAACCAGCAGUAAAAGGAUUCGGCCCAGUAUGCUGCGGCUGCGUCAGUGCGAAGUGGCCACGCUGCAGUUCGUGCUGGAUGCGUUUGAGAGUGGCGGCGAUGCAAGCGUGAGGAUUCACCGCAAGCUGACGCCGUUCAAGUGUGGCAUCGUGUGUCUUUCCGACAAUCCCGCCCUGAUGCCGGAGUUGCGUGACCAGGCCAAACACCUGUGCAACGUGCUGCGCAAAGCGAACCUUCCCGUGCUCGACUGCUCCGAGCGUAACGGCGGUCGUUCCCUGGCCAAACAGUUGCACCAUCUCGACUCGAUUGCCGUCCCGUACUGCCUGCUGCUGCGCGACCAGUGUCUCCAGAAUGGCCUCUUUCAGGUGCGGUACCGCGUCACCACCCUCAGCGAAACGAUUCACAUCUCGGAUUUACCAGAAUAUUUAUUGAAAAUAGUAACAAGUUGAGUUUAAUAAAUA